AAUACGCGAGUAAAAAACUGAUCCUCCUAUCUUUUUAUUUAAUCCGAUAUUUUUGUAAAUAUAUCAUAUAUACAUAUGACAAAUAACAAAUGAAAUGUAGCUACACGUUUAUGUUUAAUAUUUUAAUUUAUUUAAGUUUACAUGGCUAGUUUUCGAGGUACAUCGAAGAUUCAAAAAUGUCUACGGGUGAGGUAAAAAAAGUUGAAGAGCCUUUAAUAAUUCACACGUAUCCCUUAUGCAAAUAUAGCGACAUGCGAGAAGAUAUGAAACAGGAAGCGAUGGAGAUGUGCGUUACUGCGACCGAGAAGUUCACGGAUAAUUAUGAACUCGCGGCGCGAAGUAUUAAAGAUAAUAUGGAUAAAAGGUUCGGCGGUCCGUUCCAUGUAGUAAUUGGGGAAGCGUAUGCCUGUGCAAUUACUUAUCAGUUGAAAUCGUUAUUAUAUAUGUAUAACGCUGGCAAUAUUGCUAUUCUUGUAUGGAGAACGGUUUCUACUUUUUGACGAAAAUAUGUAUAUCACGUAAGAAAAAUUGAAAGAAGUGUUCUUGUAUGAUAAAAAAUGCUUCUAUGGAGCGUAAAUAUGUAAUAAAGUGUGAAUUGUUUAUAAAGAAGAUCAUGUUGUCUUGAC